AUGUCUUCUUCAACAACAACUCUGUUUAAAUCUUCACUCUUCUCUCUCAACACUAAAACCAAACCCUAUUCUCUUCCCAAAUCAAAACCCACCAAUUUUAUUAUUAAAUCCCAAUCUCAAUCUCAAACAGAACCCCUCACUCACAACAAUAACAGCAACAACUCAACCUCUUCCCUUGCCACUCCACCGUCCUCUUCCUCCAAACAUCAUCGUCCCGCCGACGAAAACACCUGCGAUGAAGCUCAUCGCGUUAACGUCUCCCAACACCUCUUCUCUGUGAAAUACGCCCCUUUCAACACCAAUCCCUCUUCCACUUAA